UGUGUCACUGUCACACAAUAGUACAAUACACAAAAACACAAUCAAUGCCUAAUUAAAAUUAUUUUUUAAUUUUGAUAAUGAAUUAUAAGUUAAUUAUAAUUACAUAUUAGUUAUUAUUAAUAACUCAAUCCAAUCGUUUUGACAUCUACAAAAUUUUGAAUUCUCACAUUUGAUUACAAUUUAUUAUAACAUCGGUAAUCGUGUCUAAUCGGAUUAACACAUCUACAAAGGUCUGCCAGUUCGCCCAGUUAUCUUUGUUAUACGAGUCCGUCGUUGUCUGCCGCCACCCUUUUGUUCGUGUGAACCGUGAACGCCGUACGUUUUUAACUUUUUACAUUUAUUCUAGAAUUUAGCAGAUUAAAAUUUUGAAAACCUACGGGAAAAUGGACGUUGAAGACGUUUUAAGCGAUGUGGUCACCAUGGACGAUCUUAAGAAAUUUGAAAAAGAAUAUCACAAUCAACUCACUACAGGGACUGUUUCGCAAGAAACAAAGUUUCAUUAUGCUUGGUGCUUAGUGAGAAGCAAUUAUCCAGCUGACAUCAGAAAAGGACUUAUAUUAUUGGAACAGUUGAUCAAACAUGAAGCUAAUGAUGAUGAUACCAAACGAAAUUACCUUUAUUACUUAGCAUUAGGAAAUUCAAGAAUUAAAGAAUAUAGUACAGCUCUGCAAUUUAUUAAAGCAUUUUUACAUAUGCAACCUGAAAAUAUGCAAGCACAGAACUUGUUGGUCACAAUUCAAAAGAAAAUGGAAUCUGAUGCACACAAAGGAAUGGCGGUAGCUGGAGCUUUAGCAUUGGGCCUUAGUGCUGUCGUUGGAAUUGGGUUUGCACUAGCCAAAGGCUUGAAAAAGUGAUUGUUACAUUUAGUUAAUUUUAUUGAUUACCAUUUUAUUCCUGUAUAUAUUCCAAAGUGUUAAAUUUAUUUAAGCUUAAGAUUUACUACUGAUUUACAAGCUGAAUAUAAUUUAUUUUAAACCCAUAUAAUAUAUUAUCAUGUGCAUGUAAGUACCCUGAUGCAUAACAAUAUUGCAUCUAGUAAAAAUAUUAUAGAUAACAAUAACAAUAAUAUAUGAAAAAGACAGAGUUAUUUAUUUUGUUUUAGGUGUAGACACAUGCCAAUGAUUAUUGUUUUUGAAAUAGAUUUUUAUUUUAAAAAAAUACCAUAUUAUUUGUCUAUAAAUGCAUAAUUAUUUUCUAGCUUUAAUAUGUUGAUACUUUAACUAUUAAUUUAUCAAAUUUACCAAUGAAUAUUUACUAUUUAGCUAUUAAUUAUAAUAUUUAUCAUUAAUUGUGAAUUAUACUUCAUAAUUUGAUUCCAAAUCAUUUUAAGUUGUGAAAAUACCACACUUGGAAAAUUUUAACUUUUGUUUGCUAUUUAUUUUAGAAUUUUAAUUUAAUAGUUAGGAGUACAAAAUACUUUAUAUUUUAAUAGCGUUCCCAUACAAUAUGUGAUGUUUGAACACAAUACCUCAUUAGUUGGAUACUCAAUUAUUUUUUCAUUUUUUGGAAGCUGUGUAUUGCUAUGAUGAUAAUAAAUCAUUUAUAUCAUAUUAUAUGGAAUAUUGUUUUAUUUUGAUGAGUAUUUUAAUAUUUUAAUAUUUAAUUAAGAUCUGAAAACUUAAUAAAGGCGUCUAAGAAUUA